AUGAAUUAAUACUAAAAAAUCGGAUCUUAUUCCAAUAAUCGUUUUGAUAAUAAAUAAAACUUAUAGUAAUAAACUUUCAAAGAUUCUUAAAUAUAAGCAUAAGCAUAAGCAGAAAUUCAAUUUUAUAUCUAUUCAGACUUACAAAACUUAAUCAAUUUAAUAUAUUCAAGAGAAGCUGUCCUUGAAUAUUUUAAAAAUGAUCCAAAUCAUAGCAUGAUUACAUAGAGUAAUAAUAAAUUAAUUUUAUAAUUAAAUUUAUCAAAUGCAAUACAUAUUGAUUAAUAAUAGAUAUACAAGGAAUAACCCUAGUUGUUUGAAUUUUUAUAAAAGGAAAGAAAUAAAGCUUAUAAAAUACUUGAAAAGAUUAUUGACAAUAAUGAUUAAUUGUAAAAUGAUCAUUAAAAAAAUGACGAUGUCAUACCAAAAUACUUAAAAGAAUACAAAUAAUAAUAUGCAAAAUAAGAGUUUAAGUGGGAGUCGUUUCCAUUAUAAAAAACAAAUUAAGUAGCAAAAUUUGAUGAAGGAGUGCUAUAAAAAAUGAUUUCUUCAAUAUAAAAUGUCGAUAAUCAAAUUGAAUAAAUAAGAAUGAAUAAAUCUUAUAGGGUUCCUGAUCAAAAUGAAAUUCAAUUAAAAGCCAAUGAUUAUUAUAAGAUGACUUAAGCGUUAUUAAAGGAAAAUUUUCCAAUAAAAAAUCCAUAAGUUAAUUAAAUGAAAAAACAAGAGAUAAUCAAUAUAGGCGGGUAAAGUAAUGUAGCCCAAGUUUAAAAUUUGAAUUAAAAAACCCCCUCAUCAAAUUGUGAUGAAUACUCAAAACUUAAUAAUUAAUAAGAUAAAAGGAUUUGUGAGAAAGAAAAAUUAAUAGAUUUUAUCAAUUGCUUAAGUUAAUGUAAUCAUAUUCCACUUUUUAAAUAACCUUUCCACAUAAGAACUCAUUUCUCUGAAGUUGUUUUUUGGGAUAAAUAUGAUGAGAAAAUCAAAUAAAUAAAAUGGGCAAUUAAUUUUGAAAAGUAACAUCUAUUAUUUCAAUUACUAUGUCUACAUAAUUAUUUCAAUUUAUUUAUGGAAUAUUAAAAAUAAAUCAAAGGUCCAUAAACUCGAUAAAUUGAUAUGGAAAUAGUUAAAACUCUAGUGAACAAUGACAUGAAAUAAAAAAAAGAGGGUAAACCAUAUAUUUCUAAUCUAAUUGGAUUUAUGUAUUGUUGUAAAGAUCAAAUCGAAAUAUCAGGUUAUCCUAAUUAAAAAUAGCAUACGACUAAUCCCUCUAAUAAUGCAAAAAAGACAGGCACCAUGUAAAAUCAAUAAAUAAAUUAAGGAUAUGAUGAAGAUCAAAUUUACAAAUUUUAUGAAAUAUUUUGCUCCUAAUUAUAGAAUGAAAUAAACCAAUAAAAGAGAUGAAAAUAUUAUUAGAAUAUGAAAUAAUUAAUGAGAAGUCUUAAGCAAAUAAAAA